AUGCGCAUCACCACCACCGUCGCCGCACUCGUCGCAGCAGCAGGCUCGGCACUCGCCCAGUCCAGCCUCCUCAUCAACACCCCUACCGCGCUCUUCCAGUGCCAGCCGUACCUCGUCACCUGGGGCGGUGGACAGGCUCCGUACUUCGUCCGCGUCCUCCCAGGCGGCCAACUCUCGGCCGCGCCCCUCGCGACGCUCGACCAGCAGCCCACCUCGGACACUCAGUACACCUGGACCGUCAACAUCCCCGCCGGGACCUCGAUCACCCUCACCAUCACCGACUCGACCGGCGCGACGGCUGCUACGGCGCCUGUCACGAUCAACCAGGGCGCGAGUGGGUGCUUGAAUGCGCAGGGAUCGAGUGGCCUUGCGUCGUCGGGAUCGGCGACGAAUGGACAGUCGACUCCGUCGUCGACUAGUCUCGUCCAGUCGUCGACCGGCUCGGCCUCCUCGGCUGCGUCGUCGGCCGCUUCGUCCGUCUCGACCAGCGCCUCGUCCGCCGCCUCGUCCGUCCAGUCGUCUGCGUCGUCCAUGUCGUCCGCGUCCAAGGCCUCGUCGUCGUCGGCGUCGAUGCCCUCCAACACGGCGUCUGGCUCGGCCCCGAGUCAGUCGAGCAAGCCCUCGAGCGGUGCGGUCGAGAACAAGGUCGGGGCGGUCGUUGCCGUCGUCGUUGGCGCUGUUGUCGCCCUUGCCGCCUAG